GACUGGCCUCUUCUUCUUCCGCGGCCCGGAGGCGGGGAUCCUCCACGCGGCCCUGCCUGCUUGCCUGCCUGCCUCUCCAGCGCUCCAAUGUCGGAGGAGGCGGGCGCCGGGCCAGAGGGGUCGAGCUCGGGACUCUGCUGGGCCUCGCUGAUCUCCUGCUUCAGCCUGGCCUGUUCCUACGUGGGUAGCCUCUAUGUCUGGAAGAGCCACCUGCCCAGGGACCACCCUGCUGUCAUCAAACGUCGAUUCACCAGCGUCCUCAUUGUGUCCUGCCUGUCGCCAUUCUUCAUUUGGGUCUGGAAAGAGGUGACGGGUAUUAAGCCAGGUACAUCCCUUCUUGCCCUGAUGGGCUUUCGGCUUGAGGGCAUCGUACCAGCAAUGCUGCUGCCUUUGUUGCUAACCAUGGUCUUAUUUCUUGGCCCCCUCAUCCAGCUGUCUAUGGAUUGCCCUUGGGAUCUGGUGGAUGGUUUAAAGGUUGCAUUUGACUCCCACUUCUGGGUGCUCUGUCUGACCGACAUGCGCUGGCUCCGCAACCAGGUCAUCGCACCACUUACAGAGGAGCUGGUGUUCCGUGCCUGCAUGUUGCCCAUGCUCGUCCCCUGCACAGGAUUGGGACCUGCUAUCUUCACCUGCCCACUCUUCUUUGGAGUCGCUCACUUUCACCAUGUGAUUGAGCAGCUGUGGUUUCACCAGGGAAGCACAGCUAGCAUCUUCCUCUCAGCAGUGUUCCAGUUCUCCUACACAGCAGUUUUUGGAGCAUACACAGCCUUCAUCUUCAUCAGGACAGGGCACCUCGUUGGGCCUGUCCUCUGCCAUUCUUUCUGCAAUUACGUUGGAUUCCCUGCUGUGGGUGCAGCACUAGAGCAUCCACAGCGCCUACUGGUGGUGUUCUUCUAUUUGUUGGGUGUGGUCCUCUUCCUCCUCCUCUUGCACCCCAUGACGGAUCCAGCCUUCUUUGGACACCUCCCCAUCUGCUCCCUGUCCAGGUUGACCUCUGCCACCAACAGUAUCAGCAGCUUAUCUCUCUGUUCUUGACACCAGCAGAGAACUUUUCUCAACCUCGCCCUUGCACACGGUGGCAUAUGGCUACACCGCAAACUUAAAAACGGGUUUUCA